UAAAGUUUGAUGGUUUGUAAUUCCAUUCACGACUGUUUGUUCUUCCAGGCCCCUCGUACGAUCACAACUAGACAAAAAAUUUGUAUGAUUGUUAUGUCUAUCUAAAUAUCAUCUACAAUUAAUGGGAAAAUAUUUUUUUCGAAAUUUUGUUAACUGUGGAUUGAGGUUUGAGCAGAAAUGAGUUGUCUCAUACGUGUCAUCUCUUGAAGGUUCGCGUCAACCCGCGACUUACGAGUUCGUCAUCAAUGCUUGGUCUUGCUGUUGGUGGAUUUUCUUCGGUCUCAACUAAUGGGCGUACGGGGCUUGUAACAUUCUGUAUUCUGCUGCUGGCAUGGGUUGUUGGAUUUAUUAUACGUCUUUUCUCAGUUAUACGUUUUGAAAGUGUCAUUCAUGAGUUUGAUCCUUGGUUUAAUUACCGAGCCACCAAGCAGAUGGUCGAAAAUAGUUUCGAGAACUUUUACAAUUGGUUUGACAGCACUGCGUGGUACCCGCUUGGGAGGAUUGUUGGAGGCACUGUCUAUCCUGGUUUAAUGGUUACUUCAGGUUUUAUUCACUACAUGUGUCACCUUUUGAGUUUUCCGGUUCACAUUCGUGAAGUUUGUGUUUUCCUCGCCCCUGUAUUCAGUGGCAUGACUGCUAUUGCGACUUAUUUUUUCACGAAGGAAAUAUGGAAUGAAGGAGCGGGUUUGUUUGCUGCUUGCUUCAUCGCCAUCGCUCCCGGAUAUAUAAGUCGUUCAACCGCCGGCAGUUAUGAUAAUGAGGGAAUCGCAAUUUUCGCACUAAUGUUUACGUACUACUUGUGGAUUAAAGCUGUCAAAACAGGAAAAGUUCUUUGGGCCGCGUUUUGUGCUAUUGCAUAUUUUUACAUGGUAUCUGCUUGGGGUGGUUAUGUGUUCAUUAUAAACCUCAUUCCAUUACACAUUUUUGUACUUCUAAUCAUGCAGAGAUAUAGCGCGAAACUAUACGUGGCUUACACAACCUUCUUCAUCUUGGGUUUAAUAAUGUCGAUGCAAAUACCAUUUGUUGGUUUUCAACCACUACGCACUAGUGAACAUAUGGCAUCAAUAGGAGUGUUCGCACUUCUUCAAGUUGUUGCUUUUUUCAAAUAUCUACAAACCCGUGUUCCCUCUGAUACGCUGAAGCAAUUAUUUACAUUUGGUGCCAUUUUUUCUGCUGGAGUUAUAUUUGUUGUUGUAGUUGGGCUAACAUAUGCUGGCGUUAUUGCACCAUGGAGUGGCAGGUUUUAUUCUCUUUGGGAUACCGGUUAUGCUAAGAUACAUAUUCCAAUUAUAACAUCCGUUUCUGAGCAUCAACCAACUUCAUGGGCAUCUUUCUUUUUUGAUCUUCAUGUAUUAAUUGCUACAUUUCCAGCUGGUGUUAGACUUUGCUUUAACAAUUUAAAUGAUGAACGUGUUUUUGUUAUUCUCUAUGCAAUAUUUGCAUCAUAUUUUGCUGGUGUUAUGGUUCGUCUUAUGCUUACAUUAACACCAAUUGUAUGUGUGUUUUCUGCUAUUGCAUUUUCACGUGUCUUUGAAUUAUUCUUAAAUGAACAAGAUAAUGAAAUUAAUGUUGCGACAAAUCAAUCUAAUAAUGAACAGAAUUCUGUUGAUAAACGUUUGUAUGAUAAACCGAACAAGGCAAAUAAAAAGGUGAACUAUCCUAGUCAAGACACGCCAACAAGUACCACCAUUGGUAGUCAGUCAAAGCAACAAUCAUCAGGAAACAAUGGGAGUAAUAUGCGUGCAGUCGCCUACGUUUUGAUUAUAUUCAUUCUAUAUCUGUUUGUUUCACAUUGUGUUUGGGUGUCAUCCAAUGCUUAUUCAAGCCCGUCUAUUGUGUUGGCUUCAUAUGGUAAAGAUGGAUCUCGAUAUAUCCUGGAUGAUUUCCGUGAGGCUUAUUUCUGGUUAUGGCAAAAUACAAAAGAAAAUGCUCGAGUUAUGUCAUGGUGGGAUUAUGGAUAUCAAAUAGCAGGAAUGGGUAACCGCACUACUCUAGUUGAUAAUAACACAUGGAAUAAUAGUCAUAUCGCAUUAGUUGGUAAAGCUAUGGCAUCAAAUGAAUCAGAAGCCUAUAAAACUAUUCAAAGUUUAGAUGUGGAUUACGUGCUGGUCAUAUUCGGUGGUUACAUUGGUUACAGUGGUGAUGAUAUUAAUAAAUUCUUAUGGAUGGUGCGUAUUGGUGGCGGUGAACAUCCUAAUGAAAUUCGUGAAAGAGACUUUCUAACUUCAACAGGUGAUUAUCGUAUAGAUAAAAGUGCUUCUGAGACGAUGCUUAAUUGUUUAAUGUAUAAAUUAAGCUAUUAUCGGUUUGGUGAAGUUCGUUUAGAUAUGCGAACACCACUUGGAUUUGAUCGUACUAGAGGAUCUGAAAUUGGUCGUAAAAAUUUUGAAUUAGAUUACUUAGAGGAAGCUUUUACAUCGAAACAUUGGCUUGUAAGAAUUUAUCGUGUACUACCUCCUGAAAAUCUACCACAUCUAUCGCGUACACGUCGUCGGAUUCACCAUCGAGCUUCAGGGAAAUCUCGUCUGAAUAACCGUGGCCGACUCAAUACACCUAGUAAAGGUUCAUCCAAACAUUUCACUUAACAUAUUUCCUGGUAUGUUUUAUUAUUUACAUUUAUUAAGUAUCGCGUAUUUAAUGAUUCUCUAGUUAAAUGGCUAUCGAUUAUUAGGGAACUGAAAAGUGAUUAUUUUUAAAAUCACAAUCUUGAUUGAGACUAAAUCAUUUAUUGUAUUCAGUUACUGUCAUUUGACUAGUUAACAUCUUUUAAUGCAACAUAGUUUACUUAUUAAGUUUCCAAUGUAAAGCUUUAUAGUGAAACGUAUAGAAUGAAUCCCAUUAAUAGAUAUAUUGCUCUUUCCAAUAAAUACACAAACUGAGCUACCAAUCAUUAUGCACUUAAGCAUUAAUUACCUUAAAGUUAGUCAGAUAUAAGUGUCCUGGUUUUUUUUUCCACUCAUUAAUGAAGAAAGUUUAAAUAUCUUUACUUUAUCUAAUUAAUGCACAAACUGAGAUCAUGAGUCGAUUGAAGCUAGACACCUAUGGAAAACCUGGAAGCACUGGACGGCCGAUUCGUCAUAGUAUGGAGCUCCUCAGCAGUACGCAUCCACGAUCUCGCCUCGCGAGACUCAAACCCGGGACUUAUUAGUUUCGCGCGCGAGCGCCUAACCUCUAAACCACCGAACUUGCCGGCAUCGAAUGUUGUUAAUGUCUAAUUUCAACUAAUCCACGAAAUUGAUCGACGGAUCUACCAUUUUCUUCAGUGAGUUACUAUCUCACAACAGACUCGGUUGAACUCCACUGGCGGUGGGAUCAUGGAUGCGCACUGCUGAGGAGUUCCACAAUAGGUUUUCCGUGGUGGUCCAGGUUCAAUUGACUCAUAAUCUCAACUAUUGAAAUUACUAUAAUAUGCACAAAAACCCCUUCUGAUAUUGAAUUUCGAAUAACUGAUAUACUACCCAACUACUGAGACGGUAGUAGUUGAAUCAAGGUUAUAAAUUGGAACAUUGCUGGUUCAGAAUCAAAUUAAUCAACGGUUAUACUAAGCAUUCAAUAAAUUCUUACUAUUGAGAACAUAUCCUUUUUUAAUCGUAGUAUGCAUGAAACUCACGUAAGCUAUAGAAAUGAUUACUUCAAUAGGCUACUCAUAUUACAUAAUAGUUUCAUCUCAUAACUAUACCAUCAGCUCUCAUUCAUAUUUAAAUAAGAUCACUAUCGAAUAUGAGGAAAAGUACGAAAACAAUGACCUAACUUAUAAACUAAGCUCAGUAGAAACAACAAAGUGAAACGAUUGUCCACAUAACCUGUAUACAUUUGCAUAUACUAUACUAUAUACUUCAUAAAAUUAACUUUUAAUUAUUCAAUCGAUUUCUUGUUCUCUUACAGGUUAUACUACAUCUAAUUAAUUUUGUUCAAUAUUCAUUCUCCAUAUUUUGUUUUCAUUUGUGUAUAAAAACCAUGUUUGUUUUGGAUAAGAAUUUAUAGAGAAACUAUCGAGUGGUAUAUCAUUAUGCAUGUAUCGUGUAAAAAAAGGGUCAAAAAAUGACCUGUGUUUAAUACCGAUGCAUAAACUGUGAUCUUGUUUGAUUUCGUUUGAUCGAAUUCUUCUUCCAGUCUGUUCCUUUGAGGUUUUUUCUUGGUUCUCUUGUUUCCUGUUAAUCUAUUGUAUUUUGAUGUAACUAUUAGCUUCGUCGAAUUCUUCGACAUCGCUUUCAAAUAAAUUUGUUUUGAUAUCACAGGAUUGUGUGUUUGUGGGUGUGUGUGUUUUGUAAGUAUCGAUACCAGGGUUUGAUUUGAUAAUUUCAAAUAAAUUGUGUAUUAGGUGGAUUGCUUAUAAUAAUAAUGUAUUUCAAUAGUUG